UGGAAACCGUGCGCCUCGCGUUAACUCGUUCACCCGCAGCCUUCUGCCCUCCGACCGUAUCUCCGAGCGGCGCGAUGCGUGGGCUCCGGACGUGAUAUGAGAUAACACACAAGUAGGAUAGAAGAGGCAACUGCGGCUGCUUAACAAGAUUGAAAAUGAGAGUCCCCCUGAUUCUGUUGGGAGGAAUCGUGGUACUUUCGGUCGCGGUGGCGAGGGCUUUGUCGUGCGUGUGUGCGCCCCUGGAAUGUGAUUUCCUCACCGAGGAGGACUGCCCCGGAGGACUCACCUGGGAUCCCUGCAAGUGCUGCAAGGUGUGCGCGAGGGUCGAGGGCGAGCCUUGCGGGGGCCUCUUCGGGUUCUCCGGAAGCUGCGCCGUCGGUCUCCAGUGCGUCAUUAAGAACCUGCUGGACCACGCGCGAGAAGUCGACGAGGGCAUCUGCACGAAGAUCCCUGGAAGAUGGAGGAGGCACUGUCCCCAUGGCCCGAAGACUAAGUCGGGAUGCGACCUGGUGAGCGACGGCGUCGGAGGAGGAAGCGGAAACGCAGUGGACAGUGGAAAGUGCGUGUGCGGUCCUCCGGUUCUUUGGUGUCAGGAUGAACCAGAACCUUAUACUUACAAGACGAAACGCGAGUGCGAGCUGAAUCUGAGGGCCAAGAUUGCAUACGACGACAUCUUCAAUUCCCUGGACAAGGCGACCCUGAAUGAGCAAACGAUCAUCUCCCUGGUUAACUUCACCGUGAUAACUCGAAUCUCACUAUCGGAGUUCGACUGA